AUGAUUGUUGUCAACGGACCCAGAUCGUCAGGACUCAACAGCUGGGACAGAAGAAAUGAAAAAGCACGAAAUCAUUUUAAUGGGUAUGUAGACACGUAUCCAGCAUUUCUCAGCCAACUGCACUACUUAAUACCAUCGGAGCCAGGUGUUCUCAGCUCGGCUAUGGCCUCUCUGAAAGUUGGAUUGGUUCACGACCAAACUAGGUUGUGGACCGUCGAUCAGGCAAUUGAAUCCUAUGGAUUUCUCAGGCACAAAGUGGAGGAGUUGGCUCGAUCCCGUCAGGAUUCCGAAUAUUUGAGACCGAGAGGUAAUCCGUCGGUGGUUGCUCACACGCAGUCGUCGGGAGGGCCGGCGAUAAAGGAUGGACGAAUUUCUAAGCGCCAUUCGAAGCGUGUUGAAAAAAGGAAACUCCGAAGUCUGCAGCUAGCGACAGAGAAAAAGCUCGACGAACUUAGUAUGGAAUAG